CGAGUCGUAAACACGGAAGACCCAUGCAGGAAGAUAAUAAACAGACAGCACCCCGCUGUAAUCUCUUCUUAUAACUAGUUUGAGGAGCUAAUAACGAUCAUAUCUCGGAUUUGGUGUAGUGUUUGACUUGACUCUGGCACUAUCAGCUUGUGAGUGAUGACGGUGUUGAUAUCGCUCCUGUAGCUGCCUCAUUGAAACACUGAAAACAAACCGUUAGCAGCUGAAGAAGAUGCCUGCUCGUAACAUUGUGUCCAACGGGAUCCCCAACAGUAAAGUAAAGUACUCCAGGUUGGCCACUGAUGAUGAUGGCUACAUUGAUUUACAGUUCAAAAAGAGCCCACCCAAAGUCCCAUACAAAGCCAUAGCACUAGCUGCAGUCCUCUUCUUAAUCGGCUCUCUGUUAAUCAUCAUCGGCUCCCUCCUUCUGGCUGGAUACUUUGGAGUCCCUCACUCAGACCGAACCAUUCCUGUUCUCAUCAUUGGGAUCCUUGUCUUCCUGCCGGGAAUCUACCACCUACGAAUAGCUUACUAUGCAUCAAAGGGCUACCGUGGUUACUCCUAUGAUGACAUCCCAGACUUUGAUGACUGACAUACACCACAGCUACAGCCACUGUCUUCCUGUACUCACAUGUACUCCAAAUAUUUUGCUUGUAAUAAUUUAAAUGCACUGAUAUCUUAUAAGAAAAUAGAGUCUAUAAAUCACCUUACUCUAAAUCUGAAUGAUUUUGCUGUUAUUGUCAUGGGGUAGCAUUCCUAUGUAGUUGCCAGCCUGCUGUUAUGAAGCCAAAUCAGUACCAGACUUUGUAUAUGUUUUGUUAGCUUGACAAAUUAAUAAAACUGUAAUUUGA